CCCAUUGGGCAAUGGGCUGGUGGGCGUGGCCAAUUUGAACGGGCGGCGGCGGGGAGCGGCGCCAUGGUGAAACCGCUGAGGGAUCGGGAUCGGGAUCGGGAUCGGGAUCGGGAUAUCGAUAUCGAUCCCGAUACUGCCGAGGGGCCCGGCCCCACGAUGAGCCCCCCGCUCUCCCCUCAGCCCGCUGCGACGCCAGCCGACGGCUUUGCCUCCUCAGACGAUGAGGCCGCCGAAGAGGACCCGAGCCCGCUCCACAUCUCCUGGUUGUCUUUGUCUCCUCUCUACUCUUCAGAGUUCCUGGGAUUAUGUUCCCUUCCAGGUUGCAGGUUUAAGGAUGUCAGAAGAAAUCUUCAGAAAGAUAUAGGAGAACUAAAGAGCUGUGGGACCCAGGAUAUCUUUGUGCUUUGUACCAGAGGAGAGCUCUCAAAAUACCGAGUACCAAACCUGAUCGACACCUACCAACAGCACGGGAUGUGUGUGCACCACCACCCCAUUCCUGAUGGGAAUGCUCCUGACAUUGCCACCUGCUGCAAGAUCCUGGAGGAGCUCAGAACCUGCCUGGAAAAUAAGCAGAAGACAGUGAUACACUGUUACGGGGGCCUCGGACGCUCAUGUCUUGUGGCUGCAUGUCUCCUGCUCCAGCUUUCAGACACCCUGGCACCUCAGCAGGUGAUAGAGAGCCUCAGGAACCUGAGAGGAUCAGGGGCCAUACAGACUAUCAAGCAAUACAAUUUCCUCCAUGACUUCCGUGAGAACCUGGCUGCACACCUGGCAACAAAGGACCCGGUGCUGAGAUCGGCAUCGCGGUAGCCGAUCCUGCCGUGGGCAUCUGUGCCUGUGUGGAAAACUCCUGGACAAGACGCCUCUCUCCUGACCUUUCCUCAGUGCUGUACUGCCUGUGUGACUCAGUGCUGCCUUCCAAAUCUAUGUGUAAAGUAUUGGGAUGGGGAAGGAACUCCUAGAGAACAUGGAUAGGAACAAAGUCACCUCUUUGGUGACUUUAAUACUCACUGCCUGAAAAAUA